AUGCCAAGAGGGGUUGUUGUGGUUGUACGUGGGGUGAGGCAAAAUGACGGUAACAUCACCAACGUUGUGUUGGCGAAUUGUGUGAUUGCUUCCUUGGGUGGCCUCAUCUUUGGUUAUGACUCAGGAGGGGUGCUUUCAAGGGAACUGUUCCUGAAGAAGUUUCUUCCGUCUGCAUUACUGAAACACAACGAUGAAAGGGAUCAUGAAAACAUGUACUGCAAAUCAGAAGAUCGCCAGCCAAUGGUAAUGUUUACCUCCUCUCUUUACCUUGCAGCAUUGGUAGCCUCCUUGGUUGCUUCUACAGUAACCAGGGCCUGUGGUCGAAACAUGUCCAUGCGCAUUGCCAGUUUUAUAUACUUGAUCGGAGCCAUCCUAACCGCUGCUGCGUUGAACAUACCCAUGCUGAUCGUAGGCCGCAUAUUGCUCGGUAUAGGCAUUGGUUUUGCCAUUCAGUCUAGCCUAAUCUAUUUGUCAGAAAUGGCACCGGCAUUUAUCAGAGGAGCUCUCAACUUCGGGUUCCAAAUGAAUGUGACGAUUGGGAUAUUGCUGGGAAAUUUUGUCAACUAUGGCACUGGCCAAAUAAAGGGUGGAUGGGGAUGGAGACUCUCUUUAGCUCUAGCAGUUAUCCCAGCAGUCAUGCUUGUUGUUGGGUCUCUCUUCCUACCAGACACUCCCAAUUCUAUGCUUGACAGAGGCCAACCAGCUGACAAGGUAAAGAAGAUGUUACAGAAUAUUCGGGGCACACAAAAUGUGGAGGAGGAGUUCCAAGACCUUGUUUAUGCAUCCGAGGCUGCAAAAAAAGUAGAUUCUCCUUGGAAACAGCUCCUGCUGCAUCCCAGAUAUAGGCCUCACCUUGUCAUGUGCGUCCUGGUUCCAGUUUUCCAGCAGCUCACUGGCAUUAAUGCCAUCACAUUCUAUGCACCAGUCCUCUACAAGGCAUUAGGCUUUGGCCAGCAGGCUUCGCUUGUGUCAUCAGCUGUAACCGGCGUUGUCAAUGUGGUUGCUACUUGUGUUUCUGUGGCGGGGGUGGACACUUUUGGGAGGAGGCCUCUGUUCCUACAAGGCGGUGUUCAAAUGUUUGUAUGUCAGGUGGCAGUGGCAACCAUGGUAGCGAUAAAGUUCGGAGUGUCUGGCCAAGGGAACUUGACGCAAAGCGAGGCUGAUUUUCUGCUGAUCUUAAUUUGCUUCUAUGUAGCAGCAUUUGCAUGGUCUUGGGGACCAUUGGGAUGGUUAAUACCAAGUGAGAUGUGUCCAUUGGAGGUGAGAUCAGCAGGGCAAGCCCUGAAUGUGUCUAUAAACAUGUUGUUCACAUUUGGGAUGGCUCAGUCUUCCCUCGCUCUGUUUUGCCACCUCAAGUUUGGGCUCUUCUUUCUUUUCGCCGGAUUUGUGGCGCUCAUGACCAUCUUCAUAUACUACUUCCUGCCUGAGACCAAGAACGUUCGGAUCGAAGACAUGGACAGUGUGUUCAGGGAACACUGGUUCUGGGGGAGGUAUAUCCCAGAUGAGGUUCAUGAACUUGACAUGCAUUAUUGA